GAAUGGAUAUCGCCUACCGACUAUCCCGCCCAACAAUCCGACAUUAUAAAGCGCAGACAGGAGGGAACAGGCCAGUGGUUUCUAGAUGCGCCUCAGGUGACCACGUGGCUUAGUGUACCCCAGGCAACACUCUUCUGCCCAGGAAUUCCGGGAGCCGGAAAAACUAUGGUAGCGGCCAUCGCGAUUGACCAUCUGUUGACAUUAGUGCACAGCAGCUCACAUGGAGUUGCUUAUGUGUACUGCAACUACAAGGCUCGGGAGGAGCAGGAUGUUUCUAGGAUGUUGGCAGCUAUCCUCAAGCAGCUGGUUCAGGCUCGACCAUCGCUAGUGGGGCCUGUGGAACGGUUGCACAAACAGCAUGCUAACAGAGGAACCAGGCCAUCGCCUGAUGAGGUCUUCAGCGCACUCCAAGAUGUACUUGCACAUUACUCUACUAUCCAUAUUGUGGUCGAUGCUCUAGAUGAAUGUCAAGACAGUGACGGCACUCGGUGCCAAUUUCUGGCCAAACUCCGCGAUCUCCAGGCGGUACGGGACGUUCGCCUUAUGGCCACCUCGCGAUUUAUUCCAGAGAUUACGGACGGGUUUAACGAGGCGCUGAGGCUGGAGGUGCAGGCAAGCAGAGAGGAUGUGAAGCGAUUCGUGGCUGGCCAAUCAUACCGACUGCCAAGAUGUAUUCAGCAUGACCCUGCGCUGCAGGAGAUUGUCCAGGAAAAGAUCGUGGAGGCGGUAGACGGCAUGUUUCUCCUUGCUCGCCUCCACACCGAUUCGCUGCUAGACAAGAGAACAGCAAAGGACGUAAAGUUAACGCUAGCUAAGCUCUCUAAAAGCUCAGCCGCACUCGACGACGCAUACAAGGAAGCUAUCCAACGCAUACAAGGACAGUUAAGCGGAGAUUACGUACUGGCCAAAAAAGUACUGUCGUGGAUCACGUAUGCGAAAAGACCGCUUACCACGACGGAGAUGUGCUGUGCUCUGGCAGUAGAACCGGACGAGACAAAGCUCGAUCCUGAGAACAUACCUGAUGUCGAGGAUCUAUUAUCCGUGUGUGCUGGACUGGUCGUUGUUGAUCAGGAAAGUGCUGUCAUCCGUCUUGUGCAUUACACCACCCAAGAAUACUUCGAACGUAUUCGAGAUGCAUAGGAUCCAGGCGCUCAACUACACAUUGCCUUUACAUGCCUCACCUACUUGUCAUUCAGCAUAUUUAAAACUGGGAGCUGCUCCUCUAACAAAGAAUUUGAAGAGAGGCUGAAGGAAAGCCAAUUCUUAGACUAUGCUGCCAAGCACUGGGGACAGCAUGCGGUAACAGUGGAAGAUCAGAUAUAUGAGCUAGCCUGCUCAUUUCUUUCCCACAAAGAAUUGGUU